AUGAGCAAUGAGCUGCAAGCAUUGAUGCGCAACGAAGAGCGAGGAAUCACUUUGUCCCAACUUGAAUCUAAUGACAUGGAAGUGAGUGGGAGAGGGAGCUCUAUUGAGAUGUCUGCACGUUGGUCAAUGUUCGGUUUGGAACAUGAACAACUUGAAGCUGCUUGCUUAGGACCUUCUCUCGAUCAAAAAUUGGCCAAGAUCCAUGUUAGUCUGAACAUUCAAAACAGGAUUAUGGGCUUCAGCUAUGAUUCUCCUCGUGAUUCUGUCCAGUUCAUCGAAUGGUCCCCAACCUCUUGUCCCCGGGCAUUACUGAUUGCAAAUUUCCACGGGAGGGUAACUAUUUGGACUCAACCUUCUCAAUCUAAAGUCAGAAAGUUAGGGCAUCCACCCUUGAUUUGGAGUGGGGGCCCAGCUAAUCUUGUCCAUGAUACUAGUUGUUGGCAACGUGAGCAUGAGUGGCGACAAGAUAUUGCAGUUGUUACAAAGUGGCUAUCAGGGGUGUCUCCGUAUAGGUGGCUAUCAUCAAAAUCAAGUGCUACUGCCAAUUCGAAGUCUACAUUUGAGGAAAAGUUUCUUUCCCAGCAAUCUCAAACUUCAGAUGUUGUGAUUGCUGUUGUGGUGGACGAUAAUUCGCUGGUGGAUACGGUGGAGGCUGAAUGGAAUAUUGUUUAUGAUGAGAACCCCUAUUCUAGAUGGCCCAAUUUUCUUUGUGUUUGUUCUGUGUUCUCAUCGGGCUCUGUUCAACUUCACUGGUCCCAGUGGCCUCCUAGCAAGAGUGGCAUGACACCAAAGUGGUUUUGCACCAGUAAAGGACUUCUGGGUUGUGGGCCUAGUGGCAUUAUGGCUGGUGAUGCUAUCAUAACAGACAGUGGUGCCAUGCAUGUAGCAGGAGUACCAAUCGUUAAUCCAUCCACUAUUGUAGUUUGGGAGGUAACACCUGGGCUGGGAAAUGGUUUCCAGGUAGCUCCAAAGACAAGUACCACUUGUGCUGUUCCUCCUCUUAGCCCACGUAAUUGGGCUGGUUUUGCACCGUUAGCUGCAUAUUUAUUUAGCUGGCAAGAUUAUCUAUUAUCUGAAGCUAAGCAAGGGAAAAAACAGACAGACCAAAAUCUUCUUGAUGCUGUACCUCUAUACUGCUCACCAGUUUCAAAUUUUUCAGCGUAUGUAAGUCCCGAAGCUGCAGCUCAAUCUGCAGCAACUACUACAUGGGGUUCUGGCGUAACAGCAGUGGCCUUUGAUCCAACUUGUGCUGGUUCAGUGAUAGCUGUUGUGAUUGUUGAGGAUGAGGGCCCAUCAAUUACAGGAUGGAGAGUGCAACGUUGGGAAUCAUCUUUACAGCAUGUUGUUCUCCAUCCUAUAUUUGGAAACCCUACUUCUAGUAUGGGUGGUCAAUCACCUAUGCAAACUGUUUGGCAGUCCAAAGUGGACCUGAGCAUAACUCCAACAAAUGAUUUCAAGAACCAUCAAUCACCUGCAAUUGGAAUGACUUCUGAUGUGCAAAAGGUAUCCGAGUCUGUUUCUGAUAAAUCAAAAAGGGUCAAUUUUGAUCCAUUUGAUCUUCCAAGCGAUGUCAGGACACUUGCCCGUGUUGUUUACUCUGCUCAUGGUGGUGAAAUUGCUAUUGCUUUUCUUCGAGGUGGUGUCCAUGUCUUUUCUGGUCCAAAUUUUUCACCUGUAGACAACUAUCAGAUUAAUGUUGGCUCUGCAAUUGCUGCUCCCGCUUUUUCUUCAACAAGCUGCUGUUCAGCUUCUGUUUGGCAUGAUUCUAGCAAAAAUUUUACAAUAUUGAGAAUAAUUCGAGUUCUCCCUCCUUCUAUUCCCAUCAGUCAAGUAAAAGCCAAUUCAUCAACUUGGGAACGUGCAAUUGCUGAAAGGUUUUGGUGGAGCCUUUUAGUUGGUGUUGAUUGGUGGGAUGCCGUGGGCUGCACCCAGAGUGCUGCUGAGGAUGGCAUUGUUUCACUUAACAGUGUUAUUGCGGUUUUGGAUGCGGAUUUCCAUUCUCUCCCUUCUAUUCAGCACAGGCAACAGUAUGGUCCUAGUCUAGACAGGAUAAAGUGUAGGCUAUUGGAAGGGUCAAAUGCCCAAGAGGUAAGGGCGAUGGUUCUGGAUAUGCAAGCUAGGUUGUUAUUGGAUAUGCUUGGGAAAGGAAUUGAGUCUGCAUUGAUAAAUUCAUCAGCUUUAGUUCCUGAGCCGUGGCAAGCAUCAGGUGAAACAUUAUCCAGCAUUGACCCUGAAACAAUGGCUGUUGAACCUGCACUAAUUCCUAGUAUUCAGACUUGUCAAUUCUGGACAAUGGAUCCUCCCCAUCAGUUACAUGCUCCUCUUCUCUGUUCUCUACUAACACAAUACAGUUUUAUGGUUGAACCAUUAAAUGGAAUCAUGGAAGGAGCUGCAGCAAAAAAGACAUGGUUAUCAAACUUGCAAUACAUUGAGUUCAAAGCAAAAGAAACACAAGUUCAAUCUCUUCUCACUACUUGCACUCCUCAUCCUUUCUCACCUUUGAAGCUGGUCAUUGGCCGCGGUCGCACUGUUUCGCGUUGGUCACUGGUCAUGGGUUGGUCGCUGCUGAAGUCGCUAACGGUCUCGUCGUUGGUCGCACUGCUUGUUGAUCACGUUACUUGCCGCUGGUUGUUUUGCUCACUGCUGGUCGCACUGCUUUUGCCGUUUGCCGUUACUCUGGCUUAUGUGGAUUCAGUUCUAGAUUUGGCUUCACAUUUUAUUACUCGAUUGAGACGUUAUGCAAGUUUCUGUCGUACAUUGGCAAGUCAUGCUGUGACUGCAGGCACUGGAAACAACCGCAAUAUGGUUGCUAGUCCUACCCAAAGUUCAGCAACACCUGCAACAAGUCAGGGAGGUCAAAAUGGGACUAGCAGCUCUAUGGGAAGUGCUCAGUUGCAAACCUGGGUGCAAGGGGCUAUUGCCAAGAUUAGCAACACAACUGAUGGAGGGUCCAAUCCAACUCCUAAUCCCAUAAGUGGUCCUUCAACAUUUAUGCCUAUUAGCAUCAAUACAGGAACAUUUCCUGGAACACCAGCAGUUAGACUUAUUGGGGAUUGUCAUUUCCUUCACAGACUAUGCCAACUUUUGCUCUUCUGCUUUUUCUUUCGACGAACACAACUUCCUCGCUAUAUGGGGCUUGCAAAUAGAACUUCUGAUACAAAUACACAGAAGCCUCUAUCUAAUACUGCUGCCCCUGGUAAGGUGGAGGAGAUUGCAAAACCAGUUUCAGCUGUGAUUAAGUCUGAUGAUGGUCAGACUGGCCGAGCCGGGGCAAAGGGAGUUGAAGAAGUACCUUCAGGUCGUUCAAGAUUGGGUAGUGGGAAUGCUGGCCAGGGAUAUACGUUUGAAGAGGUCAAGGUUCUUUUUAUGAUGCUUAUGGAUCUAUGCCGCCGAACAGCUGCGCUGCAACACCCAUUGCCAGUCUCUCAAGUGGGGAGCAACAACAUUCAGGUUCGGCUGCACUAUAUUGAUGGAAACUAUACUGUACUGCCAGAGGUUGUGGAAGCAUCCCUUGGUCCACAUAUGCAGAAUAUGCCCCGUCCUAGAGGUGCAGAUGCUGCUGGUCUUCUUCUACGAGAACUAGAACUGCACCCUCCAGCAGAAGAGUGGCAUAGACGGAAUAUGUUUGGUGGACCUUGGUCCGAUCAGGAGGAUGUAGAUUGUGCAAUUGAUGCACCUAAACUUGUUAAUUCUGACCCACUUGAUUUCAGCUCAUUGGAGCAUUGUGAUGUUUAUUAUGGAACUCAGCGCUUGUGGCCUAGGAAGCGCAGGAUGUCUGAAAGAGAUGCGGCUUUUGGUUUGAACACUUCUGUGGGCUUGGGAGGUUAUCUUGGUAUAAUGGGAUCACGAAGAGAUGUUGUUACUGCAACGUGGAAGACUGGCCUUGAAGGCGUCUGGUACAAGUGUGUGAGAUGUCAGCGGCAGACCUCUGCGUUUGCUUCACCAGAUGCUACUCCUUCUCUUAGUCCAAAUGAUCGGGAAGUUUGGUGGAUCAGCCGCUGGGUACAUGGCUGUCCAAUGAAGAAAGGCGUAGAUUUGCUUGACAAGAUCUCACUUCUUUUGGGGUCAUUUACUGUCAAACACUUCACAAACAAUUGUCAAUCCAAUGUAAAAUCUGCUAGUUGUUUCAUGCAUGCUGAUGUGGAUGCCUUGGCUUUGUAUGUUGUAGAUGAUGCUCACAGUGACAUCCUUGACCUUAGUGAACAGGUAGAGCAGUUUGUCCAUCUCCCCAACACCAGCCAUAUUCUAUCUGCAUUUGCUUUUGCAUUUGGAAGUGAAGAAGAAGCAGAAGAAGAAGAAGAAGAAGAAGAAGAAGAAGAAGAGGAAGGAGAAGAAGAAGAGAUGAGUCAGGGUCAGGGUCAGGGUCAGGCCCAGGGCCAGGGAGGAGGAUCUCACUCCCUCGCCUUUCGUGUGAUGCGUCUCUGCCGCCCUUCCUUUAACGUCGACCCUCCCCUCCGUCUAGACCCCGCCGACCUUUUCGUCGGUGAGGACCUCUUCGACGACCCCUCCGCUUCCCCCGCCCUCUCUCUUUCUGCCGCCGCCAACGACGACUCCGAUCCAACCUACCGCAACCGCUUCCUCCUCCACCACUUCUCCGAUGCCAUGGGCCUCUCUGGCCUCCUCGUUCUCCCUCAGUCAUUCGGAGCCAUUUAUUUGGGAGAGACUUUCUGCAGCUACAUUAGUAUUAACAACAGCUCAAAUUUUGAAGUCAGAGAAGUCAUUAUCAAGGCUGAAAUUCAAACAGAGAGACAGAGAAUACUUCUUCUAGACACAUCAAAAUCACCAGUUGAAUCGAUCCGUGCUGGUGGACGAUAUGAUUUUAUUGUAGAACAUGAUGUGAAAGAGCUUGGGCCUCACACGCUUGUCUGCACUGCAUUGUAUAAUGAUGGUGAUGGCGAGCGGAAAUAUCUUCCUCAAUUUUUCAAGUUCAUCGUUGCUAAUCCACUUUCCGUUAGGACAAAGGAAACUACCUUUUUGGAAGCUUGUAUUGAAAACCAUACGAAAUCAAACCUUUUCAUGGACCAAGUUGAUUUUGAACCUGCUCAGCAUUAUAGUGCAACAAUACUUAAAGGUGAUGGGCACCAUUCUGAGAAAGAUAGCUCUACAAGGGAGACAUUUAAGCCACCAAUACUAAUUAGAUCUGGUGGAGGAAUUUACAACUAUCUCUAUCAAUUGAAAACGCCAUCAGAUGGUAUGGCUCAAUCAAAAGUUGAAGGAAGUAAUGUUCUUGGUAAACUCCAGAUAACGUGGAGAACAAAUUUGGGUGAACCCGGUCGCCUGCAAACCCAGCAAAUAUUGGGGACUCCAGCAACAAAGAAGGAGAUUGAAUUGCAAAUUUUAGAGGUUCCAUCUAUAAUUAACCUUCAAAAACCGUUUAUGAUAAAACUGAAUCUUAUGAAUCAGACUGAUAAAGAGCUGGGUCCAUUUGAAGUUAGCUUAUCUCAAAAUGGUUCAUAUGGGGAGAGAGUAGUUAUCAUUAAUGGCCUUCAAUCAAUUGUUUUAUCUCAGGUUCAGGCUUUAGGAUCAACAAAUUUCAACCUGAAUCUCAUAGCUACAAAACCUGGAAUUCAGAGAAUUUCGGGUCUUACAGUUUUUGAUACUAGGGAGAUGAAAUCGUAUGAACCACUUCCUGAUUUAGAGAUUUUUGUGGGCAUGGAUUAA